AAAACAAGAGCAAAACAUUCAGAACCAAUUUAGUCUCUUUGAAAACAGGAAUUGUUAUGAAAUGUAGCAAUUGUCUGAACCAAUUUUUGACACAGAUAUUCAGCUUUGAGUAGAUAAUUACAUGACUUCUCUUAAUAUUGUAUACAGAUAGGAUGGGUUUGAUGGGCUCUUAGACUAUCAAGUGUCUUGUGUUCAAAUAGUAGAGAUAUUUCUUCUUAUUUAAGGUUAACAUUUUCAAGCAAACAAUAAUAUGAAUAACAGACAUCUUACAGAAAUGAUAUAUUUCCUUUUUCUUUUUUUUAUUAGAGCAGCCAACAUUCAUACAAAGGAAGGCCAGAACAUGCUGGAAAUCUUACAAGAUUGUUUUGAAGAUCAGAGUAAGGCUUCAUUUCUUGAUGAUUUUACAGAGUCAUUGACUUCUUCAACACAAAAAAAGAAAGCCAAUUAUAGUCAAUCAUCAAGCAAAAAGUGCCCAGUGUCACAUUCAAAACCAGUUCCAGUGUCUUCAAGGACGGGAGAAGCUUCUCUGCAAGCGUCUGCAGAGCCAAGGGAAGCCGCUGGUGGAUCAGUUCAGGCUAAUGAAGUUCACCAUGGUGCGUCUGAUGAAUUGGACUUAUGUGUUGGCUCCCCUGUGGUUUGCCUGGAUGCAAACGUCAGCACGUUACAGAAAGCCGUUUCAUCUGCUGGCCAAAAGAGAGUGGCUUCUGUCUCAAGGAGUCCAGUAGAUAGGCAGGCUUCAAAUAAAAACAUUUCUUUUAAAACCAGGAAAAGGUUAAACUUUGAAGAUAAAGUUACUUCGAGCACAGCAGAAACAGAGAACAGUGUGUUACAAGUAGAGGAUAACUUAUCCGAGGGACAAGAAGGGACAUCAUCAGAAAUCACUCAGAAAAGAGACGAUCUCAGUUCUGAGGUCCUUUCACGUUCUAAGAAGAAUUUUUCGGAGUUGUUUUUAGAGACUGUCAAGAGGAAAAGUAAAUCCAGUUCUGUGGUCAGGCACACAGCAGCAGUUCUAUCUUCUCCGCCUCCUCCAAGUGACAUGAAAUUAUUAGAAGAUGAAUUUAUUAUUGAUCGGUCAGAUAGAAGUUUUUCAAGUCGACUUUGGGUGAUGAUACCAAGCAAAGACAGGCAUCUGAGCCCCCACAAGCCAUCGUCUGAAAACACGGCACUGCUUCAAGGUAAGAAGUCAAGAGAGAAAUCUCAUAGUUUAUCUGCAACGACUUUUGUGAGAAACACACAGUCUGAUAAGACUCACCCAAUAGAGGAAGCUCAGCUCUCUGUUGAAGAAAACCUGGGAACUACUUGUACAGAUGAGUUGGAAAAUGAUUGUCGAUCUCCAGAAAAUAAAAUGCAAUCUGAGACUGCCAAAAAACCACCUGCAUGGGAAAGGACUACGAAACAGAACCAGAGGAGAGUGUCUAAGCCUAAAGAAGCUGAAGAGCUCAGUAAGGGACAGAGUAACUGUGAAAAUAGCAAUAUGUCAAACACUGGCCAAGACAAGUUACAAAUCAAUUUGAAAAGAAAUAUGAAGGACUGUGAAGAGGUGAGGAAUGAGCCUACUCCCAAGAAACAUAAGCCAGCUCUUGAAAAUGAGAAAAAAAACAAUAGCACCCAAACCAAUAAGGGAAAAUCUGGAAAGAAAUUUUUUUCUGGUGGGUCCAAGAACAAAUCUGUUUCCAAAAAAGUAACUUUGACUUCCAGGAGAGAUUGUAGAAUUUCUCGGCGUCCAUCUGACUGGUGGAGGGUAAAAUCAGACGAGAGUUCUGUUGAUAGAAAUUCUUUAAAAGAAAAUAACUCAUCAGUGGUAUAUCCCAAUAAAAAAAAGCAGACUAAGAGAAAUCAUGUAUCUAAGAGUACUGGGAAGAAACCUGGUCCAUCAAAAAGACAGAAGACAGAGAUGAGCUCAAGAGUACAGACGUCUUUAAAUGUAAAGGGUUCUGGAGGAACUGUUAGUGGCCAUGAUGACAUUUCUCGUUCCCAGAGGAAGCCAUUGAAAAACAUUGAGGCAGACCCAACUCAGAAGAGCCUUGCUAUUUCUCGACCUAAAAGAGGCUGUAAGUAUCAAAACCAUGUUACGACAUCACCGAAUGUUCAUUUAAAGUCUCAUACUGAGGAAUAUACAAGCAAGACACAAAUGGAGUCUGCUUCAAAUUCAGAAACGUCUAAACGCUCAGUGUGGGAAGAAAGUGGACCUUCCAGGUUCAAGAAUUAUGAAAUGCCAGGGAGCAGUAAUUCUGAGAUGGGUGAUGAACAGGACCAGAAGAGUUUGCAUUUUACAACAAGAAGUUCUAAUAUGGUACCAGAUAAAAAAUUACAUCACAAAUUAGUACUGCCCUCCAACUCACCAAAUGUUCGUCGAUCUAAUAGAAUACGUUUGAAACCUUUGGAGUAUUGGCGAGGGGAACGGGUAGAUUAUCAAGAAAGCUCGUCGGGACAACUUGUGCUUGAAAUAAUAUCCCCAGCUUCAGUACCCACGAAAAUAAAGGCACAAAGAAACCUCGGCAAAGUCAACAAAAAAGUUACCAAGAAGCAGACCCAUCUUAAUAGCCAUAAAAAGACUAAGAUGGAGUUGCCUCUGGAUAUACGUCUGGGAGAUCCCUUUCAGGCAACAUUGGCAAAGGACCCAGAAACCGCAGAGGUUGUCCCCAUGGAUCUUAUAAGACCACGAGAUACAUACCGCUUUUUUGUUGAGCAUCAUGGUUUGAAAGUUUUUAAAACAUUGGAUACAAUAUUUUUUUCUACUGGAAAAUUGGUUUUAGGACCCUAUGAAGAGAAAGGAAAACAGCAUGUUGGCCAAGAUAUAUUGGUGGGUAAUCAUUACAACAUUAAAAACCUCUUGAAUGUGGAAAGUAGUCUUCUUUUUACUCAGAUAAAAAGGUGAAAUAAAUGUGUAUGUAUAUAAAAUAUGUUUAUAUGUAAAUUUUAAUAACUGAUUAUUUUAAAGUAAAAUUUUUGUUUAGUUUUGCAUUAGUUAAUCAUUUCAUACUCCUUGUUAAACAUUUCAUAAUCUUGUAUGUAUCUUUUGAUUUUUUCCUUGAGUGUAAAUACUGUGUUUAGUGAUGACUGUUUUGUUGGUAUUGCUUUCAUAAUAUUAAAAAUUAAAA